CAAGGGCUAGCGCGCCCGGGAGCCCUCGGGGCCCAGCAGCUUGUGAUUGUUUUUCCCGACACGUGGCUGCGGCGCUGCCCCCUCCUCCUUCCGGUCUCCUCGAGCCGGUUCGGCUCGAGCAUUUUCCUCCUGACACUGUCAAGUGGGUCCAACCUCCGCAGCUCCAUGCCUCCUUUGCCGCCGCCGCUCCUCCUCCGCUCCGCCGCGCCGCCCGGCGCCGUCGCCCGUCAGAGGCUGAGGCGGCGGCGGAGUCCCACGCCAGUGCGGGCGUCGUGGCAGGAGCUGGCUGGCGUCCUGGUGUUCUCCGCCAUCCCCUUCACCGCCGUCAAGGCCCUUGCCAACAGCCCCCUCGGCGCCCGCCUCCGCCGCCGCCUCGAGGAAAGGAAGGCCGCCGCAGCCGCCGAGGCCGACGCGCUCCGCGCUGCCGCGCGCGACGCCCGCAACAACAGCUUUUGGUACGGCGGAGAUCGGCCGCGGUGGCUUGGUCCCGUGCCUUACAACUACCCUGAGCAUUUGACGGGAGAAUACCCGGGAGAUUAUGGGUUCGAUAUAGCAGGUCUGGGCAGGGAUCCCGUUGCUUUCGCAAACUACUUUAACUUUGAGAUUUUGCAUUGUCGGUGGGCCAUGCUUGCUGCUCUCGGUGUUGUUAUUCCUGAGCUAUUAGAUCUAUUUGGGUUAGUUCAUUUUGUUGAGCCUGUCUGGUGGAAAGUUGGUUAUGCAAAACUUCAGGGUGAUACCCUUGAUUACCUUGGGAUUCCUGGAUUCCGUAUUGCUGGAGGUCAAGGUGUCAUCGUAAUUGCUAUCUGUCAAGCCCUCUUGAUGGUUGGACCUGAAUAUGCGAGGUACUGUGGGAUCGAGGCACUAGAACCACUGGGAAUAUAUCUUCCUGGUGACAUAAACUACCCAGGAGGAGCGCUUUUUGAUCCCUUGGGCCUGUCCAAAGAUCCUGUGGCAUUUGAAGAGCUCAAGGUGAAGGAGAUCAAGAACGGUCGCCUGGCGAUGGUAGCAUGGCUUGGAUUUUACAUUCAGGCGGCUGUGACUGGCAAGGGCCCUGUUCAGAACCUGGUUGAACACCUAUCCGACCCCGUCCAUAAUAACAUCUUAUCCUCCUUCCAGUAAGAAAAUUUGACAAGAGUGUUGGGAAUUUCCUGUGCAUCGUACCCAAGUAUGCAUAGUGUUUACAGUUUUGCACUGAUGGGUUUGCAAUAUUAGCUACCAGUUCUUUAGACUUGUAACAGUGGGCUGUGGUCUAUGUACAGAUCAAUCAUUAUGUAUUGCGUCUUCAGCAUGCAAAAUUUAGACAUGUAACAGUGGGCUGCUGCAAUGGAUCCUUGUAGGUAUCAAUUAACGCAUUGUAAGUGGUGUAUUUGAGUUAUCAAAGGUGGGAAGACAAAAAUUUAAAAUGAGAGGCGAAUUUGUCUUGAUGAUAUAAGU